AUGGGAUUCUCACAUGGUAUCAGAGCUGUUUUGGCUAACGCCACCUUCCCCCUCCCUAGGAACCUCCAGCCACCGUGCUGUCCUAGAAGAUCCUCGGCCCCAUGCCACCUUCAUGGUCUUUGCACCACAAGCCUGCUCCCCUUCCUCAGCCUUCCCUUCGCGGCGUUUGCGGCACUUAUCCGCACCGACCAGCAGGACGAACGCGCUGACCUGCGGGACGAACGCGCUGACCUGCGGGACGAACGCGCGGACCUGCGGGACGAACGCGCGGACCUGCGGGACGAACGCGCGGACCUGCGGGACGAACGCGCGGACCUGCGGGACGAACGCGCGGACCUGCGGGACGAACGCGCGGACCUGCGGGACGAACGCGCGGACCUGCGGGACGAACGCGCUGACCUGCGGGACGAACGCGCGGACCUGCGGGACGAACGCGCGGACCUGCGGGACGAACGCGUCGACCGUCAAUCUCGCUCCCAAGGGCAUUUCGCGCCCUCCUCUCCCCUUGCUCCUCCUCCUCACGGCCAUCCAGCCCUCUCCUCUCCCCUCGCCUUCUCCUCCUCAGGGCAUUCCAGCCCUCCUCCCCCCUCGCUUCCUCCUCCUCAGGGCAUUCCAGCCCCCCUCCCCCCUCGCUUCCUCCUCCUCAGGGCAUUCCAGCCCUCCUCCCCCCUCGCUUCCUCCUCCUCAGGGCAUUCCAGCCCUCCUCCCCCCUCGCUUCCUCCUCCUCAGGGCAUUCCAGCCCUCCUCCCCCCUCGCUUCCUCCUCCUCAGGGCAUUCCAGCCCUCCUCCCCCCUCGCUUCCUCCUUCUCAGGUCAUUCCAGCCCUCCUCCCCCCUCGCUUCCUCCUCCUCAGGGCAUUCCAGCCCUCCUCCCCCCUCGCUUCCUCCUCCUCAGGGCAUUCCAGCCCUCCUCCCCCCUCGCUUCCUCCUUCUCAGGGCAUUCCAGCCCUCCUCCCCCCUCGCUUCCUCCUCCUCAGGGCAUUCCAGCCCUCCUCCCCCCUCGCUUCCUCCUCCUCCUCAGGGCAUUCCAGCCCUCCUCCCCCCUCGCUUCCUCCUCCUCAGGGCAUUCCAGCCCUCCUUCCCCCCCUCCCCCUCGCUUCCUCCUCCUCCUAAGGGCAAUCUUGCCCUCCUCCCCCUUCCCCCUCUCCUCCUCCUCCAAAGGGCCAUCCAGCACUCCUCCCAUUUCCCCCUCGCUUCCUCCUCCUACGGGCCAUCCAGCCCUCCUUUCCUUUUUCCCUCCUACUCCGGACCAUCCAUCCCGGCUUCCCCUCCUUCCACCCUUGACUAUCUUCAAAAAAAAAAAAAAUAACACCUUGGGCUGGCUUGCCUCCUCACCUGCUGCAGUCUCCCCCUCCCGGCUGGCGUGCGACCUCACCGCCGCAGCACCUUGGGCUGGCUUGCCUCCUCACCUGCAGCAGCCCCCCUCCCGGCUGGCGUGCGACCUCACCGCCGCAGCACCUUCGGCUGGCUUGCCUCCUCACCUGCAGCAGCCCCUCUCCCGGCUGGCGUGCGACCUCACCGCCGCAGCACCUUCGGCUGGCUUGCCUCCUCACCUGCAGCAGCCCCUCUCCCGGCUAGCGUGCGACCUCACCGCCGCAGCUCCUUCGGCUGGCUUGCCUCCUCACCUGCAGCAGCCCCUCUCCCGGCUGGCGUGCGACCUCACCGCCGCAGCACCUUCGGCUGGCUUGCCUCCUCACCUGCAGCAGCCCCUCUCCCGGCUGGCGUGCGACCUCACCGCCGCAGCUCCUUCGGCUGGCUUGCCUCCUCACCUGCAGCAGCCCCUCUCCCGGCUGGCGUGCGACCUCACCGCCGCAGCCCCUUCGGCUGGCUUGCCUCCUCACCUGCAGCAGCCCCUCUCCCGGCUGGCGUGCGACCUCACCGCCGCAGCCCCUUCGGCUGGCUUGCCUCCUCACCUGCAGCAGCCCCUCUCCCGGCUGGCGUGCGACCUCACCGCCGCAGCACCUUCGGCUGGCUUGCCUCCUCACCUGCAGCAGCCCCUCUCCCGGCUGGCGUGCGACCUCACCGCCGCAGCACCUUCGGCUGGCUUGCCUCCUCACCUGCAGCAGCCCCUCUCCCGGCUGGCGUGCGACCUCACCGCCGCAGCACCUUCGGCUGGCUUGCCUCCUCACCUGCAGCAGCCCCUCUCCCGGCUGGCGUGCGACCUCACCGCCGCAGCACCUUCGGCUGGCUUGCCUCCUCACCUGCAGCAGCCCCUCUCCCGGCUGGCGUGCGACCUCACCGCCGCAGCACCUUCGGCUGGCUUGCCUCCUCACCUGCAGCAGCCCCUCUCCCGGCUGGCGUGCGACCUCACCGCCGCAGCACCUUCGGCUGGCUUGCCUCCUCACCUGCAGCAGCCCCUCUCCCGGCUAGCGUGCGACCUCACCGCCGCAGCUCCUUCGGCUGGCUUGCCUCCUCACCUGCAGCAGCCCCUCUCCCGGCUGGCGUGCGACCUCACCGCCGCAGCACCUUCGGCUGGCUUGCCUCCUCACCUGCAGCAGCCCCUCUCCCGGCUGGCGUGCGACCUCACCGCCGCAGCACCUUCGGCUGGCUUGCCUCCUAACCUGCAGCAGCCCCUCUCCCGGCUAGCGUGCGACCUCACCGCCGCAGCACCUUCGGCUGGCUUGCCUCCUCACCUGCAGCAGCCCCUCUCCCAGCUGGCGUGCGACGUCACCGCCGCAGCACCUUCGGCUGGCUUGCCUCCUCACCUGCAGCAGCCCCUCUCCCGGCUAGCGUGCGACCUCACCGCCGCAGCACCUUCGGCUGGCUUGCCUCCUCACCUGCAGCAGCCCCUCUCCCGGCUGGCGUGCGACCUCACCGCCGCAGCACCUUCGGCUGGCUUGCCUCCUCACCUGCAGCAGCCCCUCUCCCGGCUGGCGUGCGACCUCACCGCCGCAGCACCUUCGGCUGGCUUGCCUCCUCACCUGCAGCAGCCCCUCUCCCAGCUGGCGUGCGACGUCACCGCCGCAGCACCUUCGGCUGGCUUGCCUCCUCACCUGCAGCAGCCCCUCUCCCGGCUGGCGUGCGACCUCACCGCCGCAGCACCUUCGGCUGGCUUGCCUCCUCACCUGCAGCAGCUCCUCUCCCGGCUGGCGUGCGACCUCACCGCCGCAGCCCCUUCGGCUGGCUUGCCUCCUCACCUGCAGCAGCCCCUCUCCCAGCUGGCGAGCGACGUCACCGCCGCAGCACCUUCGGCUGGCUUGCCUCCUCACCUGCAGCAGCCCCUCUCCCGGCUAGCGUGCGACCUCACCGCCGCAGCCCCUUCGGCUGGCUUGCCUCCUCACCUGCAGCAGCCCCUCUCCCGGCUGGCGAGCGACGUCACCGCCGCAGCCCCUUCGGCUGGCUUGCCUCCUCACCUGCAGCAGCCCCUCUCCCGGCUGGCGUGCGACCUCACCGCCGCAGCUCCUUCGGCUGGCUUGCCUCCUCACCUGCAGCAGCCCCUCUCCCGGCUGGCGUGCGACCUCACCGCCGCAGCCCCUUCGGCUGGCUUGCCUCCUCACCUGCAGCAGCCCCUCUCCCGGCUGGCGUGCGACCUCACCGCCGCAGCCCCUUCGGCUGGCUUGCCUCCUCACCUGCAGCAGCCCCUCUCCCGGCUGGCGUGCGACCUCACCGCCGCAGCACCUUCGGCUGGCUUGCCUCCUCACCUGCAGCAGCCCCUCUCCCGGCUAGCGUGCGACCUCACCGCCGCAGCACCUUCGGCUGGCUUGCCUCCUCACCUGCAGCAGCCCCUCUCCCGGCUGGCGUGCGACCUCACCGCCGCAGCACCUUUGGCUGGCUUGCCUCCUCACCUGCAGCAGCCCCUCUCCCGGCUGGCGUGCGACCUCACCGCCGCAGCCCCUUCGGCUGGCUUGCCUCCUCACCUGCAGCAGCCCCUCUCCCGGCUGGCGUGCGACCUCACCGCCGCAGCCCCUUCGGCUGGCUUGCCUCCUCACCUGCAGCAGCCCCUCUCCCGGCUGGCGUGCGACCUCACCGCCGCAGCACCUUCGGCUGGCUUGCCUCCUCACCUGCAGCAGCCCCUCUCCCGGCUGGCGUGCGACCUCACCGCCGCAGCACCUUCGGCUGGCUUGCCUCCUCACCUGCAGCAGCCCCUCUCCCGGCUGGCGUGCGACCUCACCGCCGCAGCACCUUCGGCUGGCUUGCUUCCUCACCUGCAGCAACCCCUCUCCCGGCUGGCGUGCGACCUCACCGCCGCAGCCCCUUCGGCUGGCUUGCCUCCUCACCUGCAGCAGCCCCUCUCCCAGCUGGCGAGCGACGUCACCGCCGCAGCACCUUCGGCUGGCUUGCCUCCUCACCUGCAGCAGCCCCUCUCCCGGCUAGCGUGCGACCUCACCGCCGCAGCUCCUUCGGCUGGCUUGCCUCCUCACCUGCAGCAGCCCCUCUCCCGGCUGGCGUGCGACCUCACCGCCGCAGCACCUUCGGCUGGCUUGCCUCCUCACCUGCAGCAGCCCCUCUCCCGGCUAGCGUGCGACCUCACCGCCGCAGCUCCUUCGGCUGGCUUGCCUCCUCACCUGCAGCAGCCCCUCUCCCGGCUGGCGUGCGACCUCACCGCCGCAGCCCCUUCGGCUGGCUUGCCUCCUCACCUGCAGCAGCCCCUCUCCCGGCUGGCGUGCGACCUCACCGCCGCAGCACCUUCGGCUGGCUUGCCUCCUCACCUGCAGCAGCCCCUCUCCCGGCUGGCGUGCGACCUCACCGCCGCAGCACCUUCGGCUGGCUUGCCUCCUCACCUGCAGCAGCCCCUCUCCCGGCUGGCGUGCGACCUCACCGCCGCAGCCCCUUCGGCUGGCUUGCCUCCUCACCUGCAGCAGCCCCUCUCCCAGCUGGCGAGCGACGUCACCGCCGCAGCACCUUCGGCUGGCUUGCCUCCUCACCUGCAGCAGCCCCUAUCCCGGCUAGCGUGCGACCUCACCGCCGCAGCUCCUUCGGCUGGCUUGCCUCCUCACCUGCAGCAGCCCCUCUCCCGGCUGGCGUGCGACCUCACCGCCGCAGCACCUUCGGCUGGCUUGCCUCCUAACCUGCAGCAGCCCCUCUCCCGGCUAGCGUGCGACCUCACCGCCGCAGCACCUUCGGCUGGCUUGCCUCCUCACCUGCAGCAGCCCCUCUCCCAGCUGGCGUGCGACGUCACCGCCGCAGCACCUUCGGCUGGCUUGCCUCCUCACCUGCAGCAGCCCCUCUCCCGGCUAGCGUGCGACCUCACCGCCGCAGCACCUUCGGCUGGCUUGCCUCCUCACCUGCAGCAGCCCCUCUCCCGGCUGGCGUGCGACCUCACCGCCGCAGCACCUUCGGCUGGCUUGCCUCCUCACCUGCAGCAGCCCCUCUCCCGGCUGGCGUGCGACCUCACCGCCGCAGCACCUUCGGCUGGCUUGCCUCCUCACCUGCAGCAGCCCCUCUCCCGGCUGGCGUGCGACCUCACCGCCGCAGCCCCUUCGGCUGGCUUGCCUCCUCACCUGCAGCAGCCCCUCUCCCGGCUGGCGUGCGACCUCACCGCCGCAGCACCUUCGGCUGGCUUGCCUCCUCACCUGCAGCAGCCCCUCUCCCGGCUGGCGUGCGACCUCACCGCCGCAGCACCUUCGGCUGGCUUGCCUCCUCACCUGCAGCAGCCCCUCUCCCGGCUGGCGUGCGACCUCACCGCCGCAGCCCCUUCGGCUGGCUUGCCUCCUCACCUGCAGCAGCCCCUCUCCCAGCUGGCGAGCGACGUCACCGCCGCAGCACCUUCGGCUGGCUUGCCUCCUCACCUGCAGCAGCCCCUAUCCCGGCUAGCGUGCGACCUCACCGCCGCAGCUCCUUCGGCUGGCUUGCCUCCUCACCUGCAGCAGCCCCUCUCCCGGCUGGCGUGCGACCUCACCGCCGCAGCCCCUUCGGCUGGCUUGCCUCCUCACCUGCAGCAGCCCCUCUCCCGGCUGGCGUACGACCUCACCGCCGCAGCACCUUCGGCUGGCUUGCCUCCUUCGGCUGGCUUGCCUCCUCACCUGCAGCAGCCCCUCUCCCGGCUGGCGUGCGACCUCACCGCCGCAGCACCUUCGGCUGGCUUGCCUCCUCACCUGCAGCAGCCCCUCUCCCGGCUGGCGUGCGACCUCACCGCCGCAGCACCUUCGGCUGGCUUGCCUCCUCACCUGCAGCAGCCCCUCUCCCGGCUGGCGUGCGACCUCACCGCCGCAGCACCUUCGGCUGGCUUGCCUCCUCACCUGCAGCAGCCCCUCUCCCGGCUGGCGUGCGACCUCACCGCCGCAGCCCCUUCGGCUGGCUUGCCUCCUCACCUGCAGCAGCCCCUCUCCCGGCUGGCGAGCGACGUCACCGCCGCAGCUCCUUCGGCUGGCUUGCCUCCUCACCUGCAGCAGCCCCUCUCCCGGCUGGCGUGCGACCUCACCGCCGCAGCUCCUUCGGCUGGCUUGCCUCCUCACCUGCAGCAGCCCCUCUCCCGGCUGGCGUGCGACCUCACCGCCGCAGCCCCUUCGGCUGGCUUGCCUCCUCACCUGCAGCAGCCCCUCUCCCGGCUGGCGUGCGACCUCACCGCCGCAGCCCCUUCGGCUGGCUUGCCUCCUCACCUGCAGCAGCCCCUCUCCCGGCUAGCGUGCGACCUCACCGCCGCAGCACCUUCCGCUGGCUUGCCUCCUCACCUGCAGCAGCCCCUCUCCCGGCUGGCGUGCGACCUCACCGCCGCAGCACCUUGGGCUGGCUUGCCUCCUCACCUGCAGCAGCCCCUCUCCCGGCUAGCGUGCGACCUCACCGCCGCAGCUCCUUCGGCUGGCUUGCCUCCUCACCUGCAGCAGCCCCUCUCCCGGCUGGCGUGCGACCUCACCGCCGCAGCACCUUCGGCUGGCUUGCCUCCUCACCUGCAGCAGCCCCUCUCCCGGCUGGCGUGCGACCUCACCGCCGCAGCUCCUUCGGCUGGCUUGCCUCCUCACCUGCAGCAGCCCCUCUCCCGGCUGGCGUGCGACCUCACCGCCGCAGCCCCUUCGGCUGGCUUGCCUCCUCACCUGCAGCAGCCCCUCUCCCGGCUGGCGUGCGACCUCGCCGCCGCAGCACCUUCGGCUGGCUUGCCUCCUCACCUGCAGCAGCCCCUCUCCCGGCUGGCGUGCGACCUCGCCGCCGCAGCCCCUUGGGCUGGCUUGCCUCCUCACCUGCAGCAGCCCCUCUCCCGGCUGGCGUGCGACCUCGCCGCCGCAGCACCUUCGGCUGGCUUGCCUCCUCACCUGCAGCAGCCCCUCUCCCGGCUGGCGUGCGACCUCGCCGCCGCAGCACCUUGGGCUGGCUUGCCUCCUCACCUGCAGCAGCCCCUCUCCCGGCUGGCGUGCGACCUCACCGCCGCAGCACCUUCGGCUGGCUUGCCUCCUCACCUGCAGCAGCCCCUCUCCCGGCUGGCGUGCGACCUCACCGCCGCAGCACCUUCGGCUGGCUUGCCUCCUCACCUGCAGCAGCCCCUCUCCCGGCUGGCGUGCGACCUCACCGCCGCAGCCCCUUCGGCUGGCUUGCCUCCUCACCUGCAGCAGCCCCUCUCCCGGCUGGCGAGCGACGUCACCGCCGCAGCACCUUCGGCUGGCUUGCCUCCUCACCUGCAGCAGCCCCUAUCCCGGCUGGCGUGCGACCUCACCGCCGCAGCACCUUCGGCUGGCUUGCCUCCUCACCUGCAGCAGCCCCUCUCCCGGCUAGCGUGCGACCUCACCGCCGCAGCCCCUUCGGCUGGCUUGCCUCCUCACCUGCAGCAGCCCCUCUCCCGGCUGGCGUGCGACCUCACCGCCGCAGCACCUUCGGCUGGCUUGCCUCCUCACCUGCAGCAGCCCCUCUCCCGGCUAGCGUGCGACCUCACCGCCGCAGCUCCUUCGGCUGGCUUGCCUCCUCACCUGCAGCAGCCCCUCUCCCGGCUGGCGUGCGACCUCACCGCCGCAGCACCUUCGGCUGGCUUGCCUCCUCACCUGCAGCAGCCCCUCUCCCGGUUGGCGUGCGACCUCACCGCCGCAGCACCUUCGGCUGGCUUGCCUCCUCACCUGCAGCAGCUCCUCUCCCGGCUGGCGUGCGACCUCACCGCCGCAGCCCCUUCGGCUGGCUUGCCUCCUCACCUGCAGCAGCCCCUCUCCCAGCUGGCGAGCGACGUCACCGCCGCAGCACCUUCGGCUGGCUUGCCUCCUCACCUGCAGCAGCCCCUCUCCCGGCUAGCGUGCGACCUCACCGCCGCAGCCCCUUCGGCUGGCUUGCCUCCUCACCUGCAGCAGCCCCUCUCCCGGCUGGCGAGCGACGUCACCGCCGCAGCCCCUUCGGCUGGCUUGCCUCCUCACCUGCAGCAGCCCCUCUCCCGGCUGGCGUGCGACCUCACCGCCGCAGCUCCUUCGGCUGGCUUGCCUCCUCACCUGCAGCAGCCCCUCUCCCGGCUGGCGUGCGACCUCACCGCCGCAGCCCCUUCGGCUGGCUUGCCUCCUCACCUGCAGCAGCCCCUCUCCCGGCUGGCGUGCGACCUCACCGCCGCAGCCCCUUCGGCUGGCUUGCCUCCUCACCUGCAGCAGCCCCUCUCCCGGCUGGCGUGCGACCUCACCGCCGCAGCACCUUCGGCUGGCUUGCCUCCUCACCUGCAGCAGCCCCUCUCCCGGCUAGCGUGCGACCUCACCGCCGCAGCACCUUCGGCUGGCUUGCCUCCUCACCUGCAGCAGCCCCUCUCCCGGCUGGCGUGCGACCUCACCGCCGCAGCACCUUUGGCUGGCUUGCCUCCUCACCUGCAGCAGCCCCUCUCCCGGCUGGCGUGCGACCUCACCGCCGCAGCCCCUUCGGCUGGCUUGCCUCCUCACCUGCAGCAGCCCCUCUCCCGGCUGGCGAGCGACGUCACCGCCGCAGCACCUUCGGCUGGCUUGCCUCCUCACCUGCAGCAGCCCCUAUCCCGGCUGGCGUGCGACCUCACCGCCGCAGCACCUUCGGCUGGCUUGCCUCCUCACCUGCAGCAGCCCCUCUCCCGGCUAGCCACUUUGGCUGGCUUGCCUCCUCACCUGCAGCAGCCCCUCUCCCGGCUAGCGUGCGACCUCACCGCCGCAGCUCCUUCGGCUGGCUUGCCUCCUCACCUGCAGCAGCCCCUCUCCCGGCUGGCGUGCGACCUCACCGCCGCAGCACCUUCGGCUGGCUUGCCUCCUCACCUGCAGCAGCCCCUCUCCCGGCUGGCGUGCGACCUCACCGCCGCAGCACCUUCGGCUGGCUUGCCUCCUCACCUGCAGCAGCUCCUCUCCCGGCUGGCGUGCGACCUCACCGCCGCAGCCCCUUCGGCUGGCUUGCCUCCUCACCUGCAGCAGCCCCUCUCCCAGCUGGCGAGCGACGUCACCGCCGCAGCACCUUCGGCUGGCUUGCCUCCUCACCUGCAGCAGCCCCUCUCCCGGCUAGCGUGCGACCUCACCGCCGCAGCCCCUUCGGCUGGCUUGCCUCCUCACCUGCAGCAGCCCCUCUCCCGGCUGGCGAGCGACGUCACCGCCGCAGCCCCUUCGGCUGGCUUGCCUCCUCACCUGCAGCAGCCCCUCUCCCGGCUGGCGUGCGACCUCACCGCCGCAGCUCCUUCGGCUGGCUUGCCUCCUCACCUGCAGCAGCCCCUCUCCCGGCUGGCGUGCGACCUCACCGCCGCAGCCCCUUCGGCUGGCUUGCCUCCUCACCUGCAGCAGCCCCUCUCCCGGCUGGCGUGCGACCUCACCGCCGCAGCCCCUUCGGCUGGCUUGCCUCCUCACCUGCAGCAGCCCCUCUCCCGGCUGGCGUGCGACCUCACCGCCGCAGCACCUUCGGCUGGCUUGCCUCCUCACCUGCAGCAGCCCCUCUCCCGGCUAGCGUGCGACCUCACCGCCGCAGCACCUUCGGCUGGCUUGCCUCCUCACCUGCAGCAGCCCCUCUCCCGGCUGGCGUGCGACCUCACCGCCGCAGCACCUUUGGCUGGCUUGCCUCCUCACCUGCAGCAGCCCCUCUCCCGGCUGGCGUGCGACCUCACCGCCGCAGCCCCUUCGGCUGGCUUGCCUCCUCACCUGCAGCAGCCCCUCUCCCGGCUGGCGUGCGACCUCACCGCCGCAGCCCCUUCGGCUGGCUUGCCUCCUCACCUGCAGCAGCCCCUCUCCCGGCUGGCGUGCGACCUCACCGCCGCAGCACCUUCGGCUGGCUUGCCUCCUCACCUGCAGCAGCCCCUCUCCCGGCUGGCGUGCGACCUCACCGCCGCAGCACCUUCGGCUGGCUUGCCUCCUCACCUGCAGCAGCCCCUCUCCCGGCUGGCGUGCGACCUCACCGCCGCAGCACCUUCGGCUGGCUUGCUUCCUCACCUGCAGCAACCCCUCUCCCGGCUGGCGUGCGACCUCACCGCCGCAGCCCCUUCGGCUGGCUUGCCUCCUCACCUGCAGCAGCCCCUCUCCCAGCUGGCGAGCGACGUCACCGCCGCAGCACCUUCGGCUGGCUUGCCUCCUCACCUGCAGCAGCCCCUCUCCCGGCUAGCGUGCGACCUCACCGCCGCAGCUCCUUCGGCUGGCUUGCCUCCUCACCUGCAGCAGCCCCUCUCCCGGCUGGCGUGCGACCUCACCGCCGCAGCACCUUCGGCUGGCUUGCCUCCUCACCUGCAGCAGCCCCUCUCCCGGCUAGCGUGCGACCUCACCGCCGCAGCUCCUUCGGCUGGCUUGCCUCCUCACCUGCAGCAGCCCCUCUCCCGGCUGGCGUGCGACCUCACCGCCGCAGCCCCUUCGGCUGGCUUGCCUCCUCACCUGCAGCAGCCCCUCUCCCGGCUGGCGUGCGACCUCACCGCCGCAGCACCUUCGGCUGGCUUGCCUCCUCACCUGCAGCAGCCCCUCUCCCGGCUGGCGUGCGACCUCACCGCCGCAGCACCUUCGGCUGGCUUGCCUCCUCACCUGCAGCAGCCUCUCUCCCGGCUGGCGUGCGACCUCACCGCCGCAGCCCCUUCGGCUGGCUUGCCUCCUCACCUGCAGCAGCCCCUCUCCCAGCUGGCGUGCGACGUCACCGCCGCAGCACCUUCGGCUGGCUUGCCUCCUCACCUGCAGCAGCCCCCCCUCCCGGCUGGCGUGCGACCUCACCGCCGCAGCACCUUGGGCUGGCUUGCCUCCUCACCUGCAGCAGCCCCCCCUCCCGGCUGGCGUGCGACCUCACCGCCGCAGCACCUUGGGCUGGCUUGCCUCCUCACCUGCAGCAGCCCCCCCUCCCGGCUGGCGUGCGACCUCACCGCCGCAGCACCUUGGGCUGGCUUGCCUCCUCACCUGCAGCAGCCCCCCUCCCGGCUUGUCAAUUCAGGGGUUGUGCACAUUUAA